GCACAACAUGCCACGGACCAGGCGUUGUCGCACGUUUGGGGCAAUCGGCAAGGCUGUUAGCAAGCAAGCAAGUGCUGCCGCAUCAUCUCGACCACAAGUGCUUACCCAUCAAGGGUCCAGAACACCAUCAUUCCCUGCUUGUUUGAUGUGGUCCAAACGUGCAGCUCAGGGCUCCGUGCGUUCUCCCUUGAGGGUGCUCGGUACCUGUUUCAGGCUAUCCGGGCCUGUUACGCAGAUUCGAGGCAGUGCAAGCGGGGUUGAUGCAUGCCACGGGAUGCCCCGGCCUUAUCACCAGAAUAGCACCGGGAGCCUGCUCCCAGUAUGACAACG